AUGAACACAGUAGAUGUUCCAGAGGAUUUGGUAGUAGAGAUACUCUCUAGGGUUCCGGAGGUUUCUGUCGCACGGUUCCGAUCCAUACCCAAGGGAUGGAACGCUCUGAUAAAAAAAGAAGAGAGACUUGCAAAGAAGUCUCUGAUUCUCAUUUUGCUUGAUUUUAGGGUUUAUUUAGCGAGCAUUGAUCUCCGCGACAAUGUUGUAAAGCUAACAAGCCAGUUUAGCCUCAAAGACCCUCUUUGUAAUCCUUCCAAAGAAGUCGAUUUAUGCGACGACGUCUUUCAUUGCGACGGUUUAUUGCUAUGCACCACGGAGGACAAAAGACUUGUAGUUUGGAACCCACGUUCAGGGGAAACCAGUUGGGUCAAACCUAUAAUUUCACACGAGCAAAUGGGUAUAUAUGCUCUCGGUAAAUCCUCGUGCAACAAGUACAAAAUCUUGAGGAUAAAUACAUCCACUUAUUAUAUGCCCACAGACCUAGUUGAGUACGAAGUCUAUGACUUUAACUCAAAUUCGUGGAGGGUUAUUGUUGGUGAGUGUAGAGACUGGUACAUUCUACUGCCAUGGCAUUGGGGUAUGUCUGUGAGUGGAAAUACUUACUUGCUUGCUGGUGAUGUUAAAGUUGGGGAAUUCUUACUAAGUUUUGAUUUUUCAACCGAGAGAUUCGGACGUGUGUCUCUUCCUCCUGGUAAUGAUGAUGUUUCCUAUCAUGUUUGGGGUCUAUCGGUGACAAGAGAAGAGCAACAACUUUGUCUGCUAACUGCUCAGAACAAAGAGGUAUUAGAUUUAUGGAGGGCAACAAAGAUUGAGAGUAGCGGAGCCGGGUCAUGGUGCAAGUUCCUAUCACUUGAUUUAGCCUAUCUCCAUCAUCCUUUGGACUUGGAGGUUGGGAUGAACUUUUUGGCCGACCGAGAGAAUAGAGUUUUGGUGUUUGCCGGUAAACAUGGGAAACCUAGCAACUUCUUACACAUUGUGGGAGAAGACAAAUACAUACAAGUGGAUCAUCAUGAUGUACCGUCUCACUGCUCACUUCUCCUAAAUUAUGUCCCAACUUUGGUUAAAAUCCAACAAGGUAAUUUGGGGGUUGGCGCAAGGAAAGCACCAAUCACUUGA